AAACCCAGAACGUCGUCUGGGCCAUCUAGAACGCCGUCUCGGUGCACCCAGAAACCCAGAAUGCCGUCUGGAGUCUCCAGAACGCCGUCCCAGUGUGCAACAAAACCCAACGGCGGUCUCGACGUCCCAGACCGCCGUCUCCCUCCGGAAGCAAACCCAGACCGCCGUCUCGCCCGUCCAGACGGCGGUCCCGAAGUUGGUUUUUUGGCUAUAUAAGGGAGGCGCGCCUAGGGGGUUUCUCACAACUCUCCUUGCCUCCAGAACUCCAAUUUCUCUGAUCUCUUGCCUUCUAAACACCUCCUGGCCAUAA